AUGGGUUACUCCUCCACUCGAAAAGUACCUCACGACAGUGACUCUCAUGCAACCAAUAAUGACAACGUGAUUAUUGGAGAUGAAACUAAAGCCUCCGAAGUACAAGUUGUUCCUCAUGACAAUGACACGUCAUCUAUAGAAGAGAGUGGAGCUGAACCUACUGUGAUCCCAGCUCAACCUCAUAGGAAUCCAACUCGAGAUAGACAUCCACCGUCAAGGCUACAAGACUAUGUAACUGUCACAUCCCGAAUUGGCUCUGCCGUAGCAUGA